AGUCAGUCAGUCAGUCAGUGAAGUUGAGAUAUUUCAGAAGAGACAAACUAUAAAAGUGAGAUGAACUUUUAAUGAUCCCCGCGGAAACAUCUGGCAGAUACAUCCAUGGCGAGGUCAAAGGCGAUGGUGUACACCUGUUGCGCGCUGACGCUGCUCUGCGUGGUUGCUGUAAUUGUGUGUGUCGCUUUGCUUGUGAGGCGCAAGUGUCCAGCUGAUACUUUCUCUAGUGCUGCAGUGGCCGCAGACUCUGGAAAAUGUUCAGAGAUUGGACGGGACAUCCUUCAGAGAGGAGGCUCAGCGGUAGAUGGCGCCAUUGCUGCACUGCUGUGCACCUCCGUCAUGAACCCACAGAGUAUGGGCAUCGGAGGGGGGUCCAUAUUCACAGUGAUGGACAAUUCUGGUAAAGUGAAAAUCAUCAACUCCAGAGAGACCGUACCCAGGAAGUUUAAAUCUGACCUGCUGAAGUCUUGUCCCAAGACCUUCCAGCUGGUGUCAGGAAGCCAGUGGAUUGGGGUCCCAGGGGAAAUCCGAGGUUAUGAACAGGCCCACAGGCUUUAUGGGAAGUUGCCGUGGGCCACCCUCUUCCAGCCGGCCAUCCAGCUGGCCAGAGAAGGGUUUCCUAUCCCUCAAGUCCAAGGUCGAUACCUCCCGUACAUUGAUACGAACCAGACCCAGCCACUACGGAAGUUGUAUUCGGAUAAGGAUGGGAACCUGCUGAAGACUGGUGAUAAAGUGAAGUUUGAGAAACUGGCCGAGACUUUUGAGAUGAUUGCGAAUCACGGGGCAGACGCCUUCUACACGGGAAGAAUAGCAGAGGAUUUAAUCCGUGACAUAGAGGAGGCAGGAGGAACGCUCACGGUGCAGGACCUGGCGUCGUAUAGAGUUACAGUGACUGAUGCGUGGGCUGUUCCUCUGGGAGAAUACCAGAUGUACAUACCUCCACCCCCUGCAGGCGGUGUCAUCCUCAGCCUCAUCCUGAACAUCAUGAAAGGAUACGGCCUGAAUUCAGCGUCUCUGACGGGUGAACAAAAGACUCUGGCUUAUCACCGCUACGCUGAAGCUUUGAAGUUUGCCAAUGGACUGAAGAAACGCAUCCAUCAACAGUUCGGCUCAGAAGAAAAGGCAAGGAAAUUCACAGAGGACAGUUUCGCUGACCACAUACGGAGCUUGAUCAGCAGCGACAAGGCUCACGAUCCUCAGUACUACAACAUCACCCCGUAUCUGGACAGCAUGGGCACCACGCACGUGUCUGUGCUGGCUGAGGACGGCUCUGCCGUGUCUGUCACCAGCACCAUCAACCACAUAUUUGGCUCAAAGGUCUUCUCUCCGAACACCGGAGUCAUCCUCAACAACGAGCUGUCCGACUUCUGUGGAAGAGUUGACGACAUCUUUCCUGGGGAGCAGCCUCCCUCCUCCAUGGCCCCCACUGUGCUGAAGUCUCAGUCAAAGACGCUGGUGAUUGGAUCGACCGGUGGGAGCAUGAUCACGACUGGGAUUGCCUCGACACUCAUGAACCACCUUUGGUUUGGAAAGAGCCUUAAGGAGGCGAUCGCCUCUCCGGUUGUUUUUGUCGACUCUCAAAAUGCAUUGAAGUUUGAACCCAACUUUGACAAGAAUGUCAUCGAGGCUCUGAAAGCUUUGGGACAUCAUCAAGAAACGGCCAGCAAUUUUUACAACGUAGUCAACGCUGUGGAGAAGGAGGACGGCUGUAUCUGUGCAGUGUCUGAUGCCAGGAAACUGGGCCAAGCAGCUGGUUACUGAGACCGGGAGUCGGUGAUGAUGGUUAUGCAGGAUGCCCUGAAGGUCACUGAGACCUUCAAAAGGCUGCAACAGGUGGCGUCCGUCCUGUUUGGAGAAUCAUUGUAUAAGGCCCUGAAUAACAGGCUUCUUCAGCUGAACACUUACAGCAACAUGUAGCAGUUAAACACGAGGCCUCUGACUUUUUACUGUGCAAAGAAGAAACUGCUGCCUUCACCUGUGAUUGUAUCUGACCUCCUGUGACUCUUCCUCUUGAUUGUGCACAUGUUUUUUUCUCAUGCCAUUUCUGACGUGUUUCUGUGUGAAAACUGAUUACAAUGCUGAUCCAGUUCAUUUCUUCCAUUUUUCACAUCAUAUUGUGACUUUGUAGUACAGAUCCAUGUUAAUAUCUGAGACAUGAAAUACAUUGCAGGCUAUAGACAGUCUCACUAUGUUAAUAACAGAGGUGGAGGCUUCAGUCACAUGACAUGACUCAAGUCAGACAAGUCACAAAUUUGAGCUCUUGAGAUUUGCUUGACCAACACUGAUAAAAGACUCGACUUGAUUUAGAUUUAGUAUUCAUUAGACUUGAGACAGAUGACUCGAAAGGACUUGACUUUUUUUAGGGUUAGGGUUGAGGUGUUACAUUAUGCUUGGGUGAUUUCUAAUGCGAUGCCCACAAACCUGACAACCUACUUGGACGUGGCAGACUGAGCCGAGGCCAACACACAAAACCAGCUCUGAUGGGGAGGGGCUGAGUCCAAAAAUAGGAUUGCAGGAGGAAAGAAAACGAAGCACAUUGCAGGUUCCACUUAGAGAUAUAUAGUAAUAGUAAUAACUAGGAUUGGCACUCAGUAGAGCGCAUACCUUCGCCAAGGCCAAACAAUCAUACACACUAAAGAAAAUGAUAAAGAAACUCCUGGAUCCGUCCCUUUAACCAGAUCUGCACCAACAUUUAAUGGGUUCUCCCCCCGGCUCAUGCCCCAUCCCUCCACCAAGUUUGGUGCAAAUUGGUUCAGAACGUUUUGUAAAAAUAAACAGACACAGAUGAAAACAUAACCUCCUUCAGCUGAGGUAAUAAUAAGACUAAUAAUAAUAACUGUAGCAGUGGGCGGCUGCAGUCGCAGUUCCAGACUCUACAUGACCACAAAAAGUCAACUAUCAGUCAGACUUAUAAGGUGUAAGCAGCUGCAACAGUUUUUGUUAAUGUUGAGAGUAAUAUGACAAAAUGACAUCUUUAUAUAACAUGACUUGUGACUUGCUUGAGACUUGCACAUGUGUGACUUACUCCCACCUCUGGUUAAUAACUUGUUCAUAUCUGGUAUUAUGUGGAAUUCACACUCUCACAUGUUGUACGCUAUAAUGAAUACUGUGUUGAAACAUCUGGAACAAGCUGCUUUUCAGUGUAAAAAAAAAAAA